AUGGCUGCGCCGCAUGUCCCCAGCGGCCGCUGGUCUGGGAGCGGCCGGGCCGCGGCGCGCUGGGCUGGCGGGCGCGCACGGCGCUUCUGUUUUUUGGCACUGACUUCCCUUCGGCUGGUGUUCUUGGUUGCAUUUGGCCUGAUAAUAAUAGUUUGUUUAGAUCAAUGGAAGAAUAAAAUCUGGCCUGAAAUUAAAGUGGCAAGAUCUGAUGAAUCGGACAAUGAGAGCUGGGGCUAUGUUCACCCUCAGUUGCUGAGUGUGCCGGAGCUGUGUCACCAUUUAGCUGAUGGAUGGGUUACUGGGGUCACCUUCUUAAGGAAUCUCUUCAUUUUCAAAAGGCAAAAUCCCGGCAAGUUUUGCCUUUUAGUGUGUGGCAUCUUUACAUUCUUGGCUGUUCUGGGCCGAUGCAUUCCUGGACUUUUGCUCUCAUACCUUAUGCUGCUCUUCAUCCUGCUAUGGCCUCUCGCAGUGUACCACAGACUGGGGCAACGCAUGUACAUGAAGCUGGAGCCAGCUCUGCAGCGGCUGGAUUUCAGUGUUCGAGGCUACAUGAUGUCAAAGCAACGAGUGAAGCAAUUGCGCCAGCGAGCGCUGAACCAGGAGCCUGCUGAUGCUGGGACUGACAGUGAAGAAGAACUUGCUGCUUUCUGUCCCAAGCUGGAUGAUUCCGUAGUUGCUAAGGAACUGACUAUCUCUGACUCUGAGCAUUCAGAUGCUGAAGUUUCCUACACUGAGAAUGGGACGUUUAAUCUGUCAAGGGGACAAACUCCACUGACUGAGGGAUCUGAAGAUCUUGAUGGUCACAGUGACCCUGAAGAAUCUUUUGCCAGGGAUCUCCCUGACUUCCCUUCCAUAAAUCCAGAGGUGACUGGAAUAGAUGAUGAAGAUGACACCAGCAUUGGGAUUCCCAGCCUUGCUUACCGCUCGCAGGGCAUGGAAGAUCUACGUCACCCGUAUGACCAAGAAGAAGCUGUCCCUGCACUCCUACUAGGGGCACUGCCCUCUGAGCACAAUCUUACAAAUAACUUAGCUGGAUUUGUCACCAGAGGCAUGAUACAAUUAGCCUUGUCAGGAGCCUCUCAGCCAGGCCCUGUAUGCAGUGACAAUCUGCAGAGAGGCACAAAAACCUAUCUUAGAACCUCCAGCUCUGACUUGGACACUGAUGCAGAAGGGGAUGACUUUGAACUGUUGGAUCAGUCAGAGCUGAUCCAGCUGGAUCCAGCUGGCUCUCGAGGCCAGUUGUUUGAAGAAAAUAGAUUCUCACUGUGCCAAACUGUGCAGCUAUUGCAUGAGUAACUUACAGCACCAGAGUUUCAAACUUCAGGUACAAUGUGACAAGUUGACUUUUUUUUUUAAUCCUGGAAAAAGUAUUUAACUCUUAUGUGAUAUCUUGCCUUUUUCCUACUGUUUCCUCUUCUCUGCUGUGAGGAAGAACAACUGUGUAUGAAAUCAGCCUUUUACACUCCACAUUGGUGUUAAUACAAUGCUGUAACACUGUUCAGAAGUUCUAGUGUCCCUAAGUACUUAAAGACAAGAUUUGCAGCUCCCCAAGUCAGAGGAAGUCCUCUAAACUCAGUUGGCUUUAUUAGACACCUGGAUAGAUUAAUUGUAUCAAAUCAGGGUAAAACAAGUAAAGUGGUGGUGGUCUCUGAAACAUCCCUGUUUAAUUGCAUCUAUUUGUAAGCAAUCAGCAUAAUCAAACCUAGAACUGAAAAAACAAUGCUCAGUGCUAAUGAUUAGUCUAUUUUCAGAUGUAUCUACUAGCGAUUUAAGAGUCUGUGAACACCCAGUUUAUUCCAUGAAGCACUAACGACACUUCCUGUAUCACGGACUCAUUUCUUCAGCCAUUCCUUUGACCCCAACCCCCCAAAAAGGCUGGGCGUUAUAGGGGAGUGUUGUGGUACAAGCAGAGCUAGGACACGGGUGUUCUGAGCAUGGAUCUCCAAUGGAUGGCCGCCUCUGCCACCGGGCAAGUAACUUUACUUCUCCAUACUUCAUCAUUCCUAUUUAGAAGUUACUAGCCUCUUAUGGGGGCAGUCAAGGAGGAGAAAAUAAACCAAUCCAUGAUGAACAGUGUAGGUUUUCCCAGACUAUUCCCACUGCUUUUACCAGUGCAGGCUCCAAAAUGAAGCUUCCUAUACACCAUGUUGUGAAUUUUUGGAUCCAUAUUUCCAUACUCAUUACAGCCCUCCUUGUCCAUUGUGUAAUCACCACCAUGGCUUUUAAGGCUGAAGAAGAAUGCCAUACUCCACUUAAAUCUCUGAAAAUUCUUAUGAGUUAUGUCUUUACUAGUAUACAGUGUUGGUCCCAGGAUAUUUUGUCUUUACUAGUGGUAGUCUACCUGUCUUUUCUCUUGUAGGGCCAGAUAGAAAACCAACACCUUCUGCGGACUUUUGCGGCAGAACCCCUCCAAAUGAUAUGUAACUAUGGAUGGGUGACGAGCAUCUCUAGGUCAAAGUGCAGAAAGGGAGAGCUAACCCAUUGUAACAAAUGGAGAUGUCUAUUCUCAGCUGUGGCACAAGUGAUACUAGGGCUGCUUAAGUAUAAAUCUUUGGAAUACUCCUGACCUGACCAGUCUCUCUAACGCCCCCACCCCCACCCCCAAAUAAAAUCUACUGAAGUGCUGCUGCUUUCUAAGGAUGGAAAUGCAGAAUCCUCUGCAGCAGUAAAUGUUUGAAAAUAGCCUCUGUUAACUUUUUAACAUUCUUUUGGAGGAGGGCCUGUUAACUUCUAGUAGCAUUAACAGAUGCUAUGCCCCACAUUAAUGAGCUACUUUGAAACAGGUUGCUUUUUCUUAGUUGGUUAAAAUGUAGGGACCUCUGUGCUGUGGUCCCAACCAAAAGUGUAAAUUUGUAACUCCACCUAAUGCCAAAUCAGGUUUGUAGCCCCCACUGGGAGCGGAGUUCAUCUGGUUUUGUGAACAAUGUGAGACUUGAGGGAAUCUUGUGAUUUUAAAUUUGAAUGGCUGUCUGGGAGUUUCCAAGAUCUUUAGUAACUUGUGAAAACGUGUAAAUUUGCUUAACUGAAACUUUCCAUACACCAGCAUAUCCACUGUGAAAGCAUCUAGUUCCAGCUGAAGUUGCACCGUCUCUAGAGUUCAUUAGUUCAGAAUUUCAUGACUUUGAAGCAUAGUGUUUUAAGACAGAUACCACCGCCCUGCCCUUUUUUGCCAAAUAAUAAUGUGAAGUCAGUAGUCACAAUCAGUGACAUUUCUAGUGAAACAAUACGCCCCAAGGCUCGCCUAGGACAGUGUGCAGGGCGUUGUAACUUCAGUGGGCUGGUUGUGAGAUCAUGGGUGUGGCAAUAUCAUCCUUUGUGUUUUCAGUAGCCACCCUUGUGAGCGUUUAGUCAUUUGUCAGUUUGCAGGUUUUUGAAGUGAGUUAAGUAAAAUGUUGAUACAAACU